UAAACCUGGGGGUAAAAGUGAAAAUUUCUGCAAAUUCAAAUUUGCUCAGCCACAACACAGUUGGGAGGGAAAACCAAUGGAAUAACUGGCUUCAAUUAGGGUUCCAAUAAACUUCAAUUUUGCCUACAGUAAUAUAAUUCACACUGGCUUCAAUUUCAUUUUGAGGAGAAAACACAAACAUGAACAAGGAGAAUGUGGUGGCUUCACCUGGUGGAGGUGAAUUAUCGGCGGAGCAGAGGGCUCGAAUUUCCCAAAAAUUCAGAGCUGCCAAGGCACUUCUCCACAGCAAAAGACCACGACUGUGGUCUACCUCCCCAUCCGAUCUCUUUCCAAAAAAUCAGAAAGCUAAUGAUACAGAUGGAAUCAGAAAUCAGGCACACAUUAAUGGGAUUAAGAGAGUACCUCUUAACGAGAUUCCUAAGAACACACCAUCCCCAAUUCCCAUGAACGGUUACAAGUUGGUGAACAAACAUUGUGAGAUUAAUGAUGAUAUGAAUUCUAAAACGAAGAGUGAAGUACUCCAACUGUCAUUAGAGUCUCCUAGUAGUCAAGCUAAAUGUAGCAGCGGAUCAUGUUUAGACGAAAUAUCUAGUUGUGGGAUUGAUUUGAACGGCGUUGGAUCUGGUGAAAUGAAACUAGAUGUUCCUUUGGAAUCAUCAGGGAUGUACUCAAAUGGUACUCUGGCUAGGCAACCUAGCUGCUCCAAUUGGUUUGAUUCAAAUUUAUAUAUUAGUAAAUUAGGACAGCCCAACUGCUGUACUUCAAGCAGCUCCUUAACAGAACGUCAUGUUUUUAGUGAUGAUUUUGAUGACUCAAUUUUAGAGGAAAUUGAUACAUUAUGUAGGCAGAAGUCAGCAGAAAAAUCUCCAAAAGAGAAAUGUGAUAUGAAGCCUACAGAAAUUCAGUGUGUCAAUAUGACCCCUGGGGAGGACAAAGCCAAUAGAGAUCAUUUUGUUAAGGGUGAAAAGUUACAAACUGAGCAUAUAUUAAAGUCAAGUGGUGACAGUGACUGUCAAGGCAAAGCGUUGAGGUAUUCUGAGGAUACAGUUACUGAAAACAUGCCCGAUGAGUAUGCAAAGUAUAUUUACUCACUGAGUGACAGGCAGAGAGAGGCAGCAUGCAGUGACAUUUCGACCCCUUUAAUUAUUGUUGCUGGUCCAGGAAGUGGGAAGACAUCUACCAUGGUUGGACGUGUUUUGAUGCUGCUGAAUGAGGGUAUUGGUCCAUCCCAUAUUCUGGCUAUGACUUUCACUACUGCUGCUGCUGCUGAAAUGAGAGAGCGGAUUGGAGCGGUUACAGGGAAGGCAGCAGCAAAAGAGCUUACUAUCAGUACAUUUCACUCAUUUUCUUUGCAGCUUUGCCGCCUGCAUGCCGAGAAGUUAGGCCGUACACCUGAUUUUUUGAUAUACGGGCAUGGACAACAGAGAAGAGCUGUUAUUGAGGCUCUUCGCUUACUGGAGAAUGUAAAGAAAAGUGCCAACCUUGAUCUUAGCAAGCUAACUGAAUUGUCUGACAUAAACUCUCCACAACAUUUUAAGGAUAAGUCAAAGAAGUGGCUGAAAUUUGUAACUCAGGCUAAAGCUGCUGGAAGGACGCCUGAAGAUUGCCGUAAGAUGGGUGAUGAGAUGGGUGCGACAAUUCUUCAGAACUACAAUGACAUAUUAAAAUCUUGCAAUGCUCUUGAUUACCAUGAUUUCAUCAGCUAUUCAGUGAAGCUACUGACUGAUUUUCCAGGAGUGUUUCAGGAGUGUCAAGAAUCAUGGAAGGCGAUAGUGAUAGAUGAAUUUCAGGACACAAGUGCUAUACAAUAUGGCUUGUUGCUAAUUCUUGCAUCUCACAAACGCAUAACAAUUGUCGGUGAUGAAGAUCAGUCCAUUUUCAGUUUUAAUGGAGCCGAUGUUUCUGGAUUCGAUUCAUUUCGAAAAGAUUUUGCAGAGCAUAAAGAGGUCAGACUUAACAAAAAUUACAGGUCCACUCGUUGUAUUGUUGAGGCCGCCUCGUUUCUUAUACGAAAUAAUCUAAGACGAUGCAAGUCAAAGGACGUUUUAACUGAUAAUUCAUCUGGAUCUAAGAUAUCUAUCAAGGAAUGUUACAAUGAAGAUGCGCAGUGUGCAUUUGUUGUUGACAAAAUAUUGGAAAUUACAUCUGAUGUUUCAUCUUCUAAGUGCUCCUACAACAAUAUCGCUAUUCUCUACCGGAGGCAGGUGUCAGGAAAAAUAUUCCAAACAGCAUUUCGCGAUAGAAAAAUUCCAUUCAACAAUCACGGUGUGGCCUUCUAUCGGAAAAAGGUAGUUAGAGCAAUUAUAUCGUUGCUUAGGACAACGUUGCCUGGUUGUGAUGAUGGCCCUUUUCGUCGAGUAUUCAAGGCUUUACUACCUUAUGAGAAAGACGAAAAGAAGAAGGUAAUUGAGCACAUUGACAAAGUUUCAACUGUAAGAAAAUGUAGUUUUAGUGCAGCAGCAUGUGACAUAUUCAGCGCAAAGAUAUCUGGAACUUUUAAGAGGAGUCAACUUACACAAGGGCGUAAGGUGUUGCUCACUCUAGACAUAAUAUCCAAACUUGUUUAUAGGGAACAAUCAAUUUCAGCUGUUAUUACCUCUGUGGCAAACAUGAUACCUCAGAAAUAUCUUCUUGAACAGCGAGCGGUUCUUGAUGUUGAUGGUGGGAAGUUGCUGAAUGAGGAUAAUGACCUCAGAUCUGUGCUGCAGUAUUUGUUGGAUGAUGUCUCUGAUUUUUUGACAAACAAAGAUAAUGCAGCAGAAGGGGUAGAUAAUAAUAUAACAGAAGUGAAAGGUUGCAUGACUGUACUUAAAGCUUUUAUUGACUAUAUAUCUGACCGGGAGAGAGAUAAUUUUCGUUCAAGAAGACAUGAUAAUGAAGAUUCUGUCACCCUCACAACAAUUCAUCAGUCAAAAGGCUUAGAGUGGGACACAGUUUUCAUAGUUAAGGCAAAUGACUCUGAGAUCCCCCUGCAUGAUUUUGAUGGCCUUGUAAAUGAGAGUGGUACUUCGAUUGAGGAAGAGAGGCGCUUGCUGUAUGUGGCCAUGACUCGUGCCCGUAAGAAACUUUUCAUCUUAUAUGUGAUUACUGAUUCCAAUUGGCAGGUUCUUCAGCCUUCACGUUUUCUUAGAGAAAUACCACAUCAUCUGCUAGAGACACAGGAAGAGCUGAAUUCAACUAGUUCAAUUAUAAAUUGCCAGCAAAUUCAGCAAGGAGCUCCCCAUAGAGCCAUUAGUUAUAGAAAGGAAUCUUCUGAAAGUAAUACCGUGCUGAAUGGUUCUCUUGAUAAUCAAGUUAGUGAAACAUCUGAAAAGCCAAGUGAAAUAAUUGAAACCUGCAACAACAGUAACUUCUUAAGAAGAUUCAGCACAGAGGACCGAGCUGUUAUUUCCCAUCUAUUCCAUCAAUGGGCCAAAAAGCCAGCAUUUCAUGAUCCUAAGAGGUUACUUAACAAGGUUGCUUUUGUCAUUGAUGAACGCUUAAGAGUCAAGAAGAGCACACACAAGGAUGUUUUGCGUGUGUUGAAGACCCGCUUAAUAACUGAUGAGGCUUUUCAGUUUGCUGUAUCUGUUCUGAAGUGGGAGCAAAUUCCUGCUGAAAAGCGUGCCCAUUUAAAUAGAGAAAAACAGGAACAUUUUCAGAAACUAAGAAUUGAGAGCGCAAUGACUUCAUCUGAACCCACUUCUAAACAGAUUGCUUACUUACAGAGUCUUGGAUGCACCAUUAUCCCUACAUCCCGCCUUCAUGCUUCUCAUUUGAUCGAGCAAUAUAAAUCAUUGUAAGAGAUAUGAAAAAUGAACCCGAUCGCCCUGACAUUACUGAAGUUGCCUUUUUUUUGUCCUCCUGAUUACAUUAUUGAUGAGGAUAAGUUAUUUACUCAUGCACGAUGUCCACCUCUUCUUCGCCAGAUUUAAAUCUGCACAGUUUCUUUUUAAUAAAAAAAAAGAAGGGAAAUUUUCCUUGAUGUGCAUAGAGGCAUUGAAGCAACAGAAUAUUUAUUUGAUCUCAUCAGUGUUUUAGUAGCAACUUGGAAUGUGGGUUUUUGUCUGGAAAAUAAAUGGAGUUUGUUCUUAUGAAAUCCACAUAUAUAACUUAGAUCCUGGUUUGAUGGCAGAGUUCAAAUUAUUUUACCACUAGAUUCUCAGCAUACUUCAAUAGUUCAAGCGAACUUACUCCCUCUGAUAGAAUUGUUAUUAUAUCAUCUUUAUUAUCUAUGUAGUAAGAUGUUAUCAAUAGAUGCCUGUAUUUGAUUAAGCCGAUUCUGAAAAAAAAAAAAA